AUGGUAACUAAUGCUUCCGAUUUGCCUGAGCGACAACAAUUACAAAUGCGUGAUGCCCUAUUCAUUGAUUGUGAUGUCAACAGUUCACCAGCGGCUUCUCUUCGUUGUAAUGCGCGCUAUAAUAUUUCGACAACAGCAGUUCAUGAUGGCCAACGUGAACGUUUCGUUGCUAAGCUGCUUUACGAGGCACCUGACGUGGCUGCUUAUUUGCGUUCACAACAAAUCACGUCGAUCGUCCACUCAACUCUUACGAGUGGGUCGGUUAUCUUCAAGUUUCCUUCUAAAAUUUUUGGUCAUUAUACCGACGCGUAUAGAUUGAUCACUGAUCAGCUUGGCCCUGUCCUUGGGGGAUUUAAUCCUAUCUCUUUACGUAGUACACGUCCCCUUUCCGAUUUAAUCAUUGCAACUAAGUUCAAGUCCGAUGAUGCCAACACCAAAGCCAUUUCGCAUGGCGUAACUGUUGAGCAUGUCACCUACAAAGCCAGCCGCUUCGUAGAUAAGGUUGAUACCACUUUCACGCGUGUCAACCUCACCCUCUUUCAAUUUGAGGAUGAAGCAACCUUGAUAAGUAAGCUUAAGAAAUCUAUGGCCAUUUAUGGCAAGGUGUGCCAGAUCAAGAUGCUUACCAAUCGAGGUUUCUUUGAGAGUGAACUCGCCCAUAAAGAACGCCCCACCGAUAGCCCUACACAUUCCUCUACCAUCAAUGAUGAGUCUGGCCUUAUCAUCCCGAAAAAGGCAAAACGAUAUGCUACCCGAUCAACGACCGCUAAGGCUUCUGUAGAUCAUACUUUGUCUCCAUUCAAUACACCCACUGGUACUGCCGGCUCAAAAUAUGCCAGUAUCACUGUUGCUGCCAGUAUGGCUCUGGACGAGCCUGCAACACCUGCUUCUUCCGAUGCGAACACUAGUUCGGCGACUACACCCCUUCAUAGUCGUUUAACUCCUGCUCACACCGAUGAUAUGGAUCUGAUAAUAGAUGCGGAUACCACUCCUCCCAACAUAGUCAUGACCGCCCAGGAGGGCAAUGAAUAA